AUGGAGCACCUCGAAGGGGAGACCGCCGCCGAGCACGCUGAGUUAUCCGCCGGCGGUGGUGGCAGCGAGGACUGCCUCAGCGCCCUACCCGACGACGUCCUUCUCCACAUCCUUCGCGAUCUCGACACCACCAUCGCUGCUCGCACCAGCGUCCUUUCCCGCCGCUGGCGCCGCCUCUGGGUCCUCCUCCCGGACCACUACUUCGUCCUUGGCGCCAACCCAGACAGUCUGCGCGGCGCCCUCGCCGCUCUCGAAGCGAUGUCAGACGACGAAGCGCCGACGCUCCGGAAACUCUGUUUCUUCGUCUUCAGCGAGCACGCCUCCCUCGACUCCCUGGCGGCCUGGCUCCCCAUCGCAGCCCGCCGCCUCACCGGCCUUCUCCAUGUCAUCAUUUUGGGCGAUGCGGGGGAAGACGGAAGAGUUGCCUUUGAGCUGCCCUGCUUCGAGAGAGCCACCGAGAUAACGCUCUGUCUAGGAUUUCUUAGCCUCACCCUGCCGCCUUCCGGCGUAUUCGCCAGGCUCACCGAUUUAUCCCUGGAGAAACUCCACCUACAUGGUCCUUGCGGGAUCGGUGAAGCCGUCUCCUCGCCACGGUGUCCAUCCUUGCAAAGACUCAAUGUGGUCAAUGCCGAGGGUCUGGGAAAUUUUGCCAUCCACUCGGAGUCUCUGCUGAAAAUAAGGCUGGAGAAAUCGUGUGGAUUGCAGCAGCUGACUAUCGUGGCACCAGCACUCAAAGAGUUAACUGUGUUCUACUGCUUUGCUCAUGAUUCAGAUCCGAGUCAACCUGUUGCCGACAUCGCAGCACCUCAACUGGUGUCACUCCACUGGAGGGAUGCUUAUCAUCCAAGCUCUGUCCAGUUUGGCGAGAUGGCGCAGCUGGAAUUGCUGGGCGCCACCUUUUUCCUUGUAGAUGAAGCAGAUGGCUAUGAACACAAUCGCGACUGCGUCAGGCUAUUGCGCCACUUUCAGGAUGUCAGCACUCUUACUCUCGAGCUGGCCUAUAUGCCAGAAGAUAUCGAGUCUAGUAUGUGUGGCAUGUACAUCAUCAAGAUGAUGGUGCCAUUUGAGAUAUAUGGAGUUCAGGAGGACUUAGGUGAGCAUCACUACUUGAUGGAAGACAUGGCAAGGCUCCCUUACGUUACAUUCUUGACCCUGCUUAUUACUGCAAAGGGACAUUCCUUUGGAGCCAGUUCUUUCCACGUUCUCAGGACGUGCACUAGUAUAAGAAAGCUGAUGCUAAUAUUUAGUUCUUCUCUGGACUUGGAGGCAGAACCUGCAUGUGCAUCAGGUUGCCUCUGUGAUCAUCCACCAAACUGGAAAACCGAGGAACUUGUGCUGAAUCGCCUUCAAGAAGUAGAAAUCAGUUACUUGAAAGGAACUGAACAUGAUUUUGCUCUUGUCAAACGAUUAUUCAGUUGGGCAACAGCACUAAAAAGAACGACAAUAAGUUUCCAUCGCUCAAUCACCGAAAGCAUGGCCAAAGAGUUCUGCCAGAGGAUAUUAGGCUUCUCCAAGCCAGACAUAUGUCUAAAAUUUUACGUGUACCAUGACUUCACUAAGAAAGUCUUGUAUGUUCCAGAAAACUAAGGUGUGGGCUUGCUGUUUGCACUUUUGGUAUUUCGUGGCUUUUGGUAUCAGCUGUACCCUGUGCAAACAUCAAAAGUCGAGCAGAUCCUUCUGAAAUGAUACCAUGUCAUCCAUCACGAUUUACUUAUUCCGUGUUAUGUUUUACAUAAGGAGGUUUAAACGUUGUUCAGAAGCU